AUGGGCAACACAAGUCAUGCAAUUAAUGGCCAUCAGCAUCAUACCCGCUUCCCCGACUGCCGUCAGCUUCGAAAAUCUCGCAACGCCAAGGGUCCUUCGGGCUGUAACUGGUCCUCUGACAAUUGCUCCUGGUCUCCCGAUAAGCCCGACGGUUUCAACUUCAUCCACAGUUGCCACUGUCACGAUUUCAGUUACCGCAACACCAAAACUCAAAAGCGCUUCACAAGCGAUAUGAAGACUCGGAUCGACGACAAUUUUAAGAAGGACCUUUACAAGCACUAUUCCCAAUUCUCGGGCAUCUGGUCCUUCAAGGGUGUGGAGUGCCGCCGCAUCGCCGACAUAUACGUUGCCUUUGUGCAAAAGUUAGGCAAGCGUGAGGGAGACGAGCUUGGAUUCAUAUUGCGAGAUAAUAGUGGUCUGGGUAUUGAUGAAUAG